UGAUGGCGGCCUCCCUGCGGAGGCUACACAUUUAAAACUUUCUUGGUCUUCAGUGGUUGUGAUACCCCUACAGUUGAUGUAGAUAUAAUAUCAGUUGCAAAAUAGUGGGGACAAAAUGACGGAAAUUGAACCUCGUCCUGAGGAUGUGGGACAGAUCCUCGUUAAGGUUCAAGAUGAUUUGCGCCAACUACGAGAAAAGAUGUCCACUGGGGAUGGCAAUAUCAGCAUGUCCGACCUUGACAGGGCGCUUGCCAAGACAGAGGAGGGCUUGCAGCGGCACACAGAGGAGGUUGUUUACCGUCUCAAUAAUCGAGUGCAAAUGUUACCAUUGUCUGACAAUGUCCCUCGAGAUGAUCAGUUCACUUCAAAAGAAAGUCUGAUUGACCUUCAGAGUGGACAUGGGGAGCUGAGGCGUCCAUCUUAUGCCCAGAACAGGGAUAUGCUAAACAGACAACCACUUCCACCUGGAUCGAAGCUGCCUGCCAGAAAAAUGAUGCAAAUGCAAGGACUGACUCCUGGACAAAGGCAUCACCAGCAAUGGACUCUCAGAACUGUUAUAAAUCCACAAAACCAGCAAAAUAGGAGUGUGAUGAAAGAAAACUUUGGUAUUCAAUUGCCUCUCAUCAAUGAACGACGAACACAAAAGCCUUAUGGAAAACCCAUUAUUGGAACUACAGUUGAACAUUUGACAGUUUUACCAAAGGCUAACAGAGUGGACGCUUCUCUUGCCCCUCCACCAAUUGAAGAGGAAGAUGCCAGAAAAGGGAUUCUCAGCUUAUUAGAAAGAGGUCUCAUUCCCCCGGCUGCACAACUGACCCUUGACCCAUCCCCUGUGAAAAAUAAAUUGGUUCAUCUACAUGACCCCGAGGACAAAAUGAAACCCCAGCCUGUUUCAGAUGCAAAUGCUAACUGGGCUGUCAUGAAGAUUGAUGCUAAUGGAAAUGCAGAAGAUCCUGGAUCAUCCCUGUCUCAAAUGCCUGCAGUACCACCCCGGCCAGUUGUGUCUCCUGAGACAAGGACGCUAUCUGCUAAAACACGGGGCUCUUCAUCUCUGUCCAAUCAUCAAGGAGCAAAAUCACCUGCCACAGUCAAGACAUUUGAGAUGCCCCUUCAGCCAAUGCUUCCAAUGCUUGUUCAGCCUCCACCGACUACCCCAGCUAGCGGAGACCACAAGCACACGCCACAUAGGUUUGCCAUCCAGAAUGGAAAGACCAGGGAGAGUCAGCAAGAGUUUCUGGCUUUCAAGCAACAUUAUUGCCUCACAUGGGGAGGCAUUGUCACAAUGAUCCGACAUUUGGAAAGAAUGCUGACAUCAUUUGCUGUGCCUAUUGCCUUUAUCCAUGGAGACAAGCUGGCAGAUUUGUCAAUGGAGUUUGAACUGGAGAAAGCCCCAGGUGUAGCAGAGCUACUGAGUGUCAUUAUCAACCAUGAAGAUGUGGAGGCAAUCAUUAACAAACCGGGUCGAAGAUUUUUGGGUACAAAUGGAAAUGAAAUGGCUGCCACUCAGAUUCAGUCAUCGUGGCGGAGAUACCGGGAACGCUCUCAGUACCUUGAAUACAGGAGACUGAAGUGGGCUUCAGGUGUUAUUGCUAUUUCUUGGAUCAUGCACAUCAAAAUGGCAAAAAUGCGACAGCAGCUGAAGAAAACCAGAAUGGACCAUCUGAACGCAUUCAAACGAAGAGCAAAGAAAUUUGCAUCUUCCUGGGACAGAGUAAAAAAUUCCCGCAGGGUAGUCAUUCAUGUUCCUUCCCUUGGAUACAGCCAGUCUGUGAGAGACAGCAUAAAUGACUUUGGCAUUCGUCAGAACACACAGAUGGCAAGGCUUUGUGACAUUAAAGAUCCAAAUGUUGAUGUCAUUUUUAUAUCUGCUGUGCCUCUGAGUGAUGAAACACUUCAGUAUUACUCUAAGCUUCUGGGCUUGUGCUCUGCGGUGGCAAACGGAAACCCAGAGGAUCAGUGUGACAUGACGGAGAGAUACAAGAUCAUCGUGCCUGAAGCAAUCAAAAGUUUCCCUACUCACCGAAUGUGCCUGUCAACUAUUUUGAAGUACAGCCCAAGGACACUGAAACGCAUAAAGAAUUUAAUUCGUGGCAGAGAUGCCUUCAUGGUGACAGGAAUGCCCCACCGAGAUGACUUGGCUGUAGCUGAUGUUCUAGAUGUGCCCAUUCUGUGCCCAGAGCCAGAUGUUGCCCACUUGUACUCUACAAAGUCUGGAUGCAAACGCAUCUUUGCCAGUGCCAACGUUGAGACUCCACCCUCCGAGUACGAUGUGUACAGUCUUGGACAGCUCCAUGAGUGUCUGGCUCAGCUUGUCACUGAAAACUUGGGCGUUCAGAGAUGGCUUUUCAAGCUAGAUGAUGAGUGUGAUGGCCGAGGGAUUGCCUACUGCGAUGUUCCCAAAUAUCUUCGAUGCUACAAAUGGGCUCUGAAAGAAGAACAAAGAUAUGGAGAGAAAUGGAGCAAGAAGUGGGCACAGGAAGCAGCAUACAUCAAGAUCCAUGCUGAAGUCCCUGACAUUCUCCAUAGUUAUGCUCGGCCUCUCAACACGAAGAUGUUCCCAACGUGGGAGAAGUUCUUGAGGGCCUUCCUGUCUCAAGGUGGAGUGAUAGAGGCCUGCCCUCCUUCUGAGAACAUCACUACCUUGUCGGCUGACAUCCUGAUUGAGCCUUCGGGUGUGGUCAACCUCAUCACAUGUGGUGACCAAAUCCAUGCGGAAAGUCCAUUCUCCUGUUGGGGUGUGUCGGUGCCACAGUCGUCUAUUGAACCUUCAGCUCUGAAUGAGAUGUGCCAGAAAAUAGCAGAUGCUUGCAAGACCAGGGGCAUCAUGGGCUACAUGAGGAUAGACUUUGUGACAUUUAUUGACCCUAGAACAAUGAAUCAACAACUUUGGGCCUUAGACCUCUGUCUGCAAUACAGUGACCACCUUGCCAUGUACCAACUGAUGCAAUAUGUGACCCACGGGACAUUCCAGCCAAAAACACAUGUGUUUGAAGUGGAUACUUCUAACAUGGAUCAGCGGCCUCGCAGAAGACGAUUAGCAGGCCAGGAAGAAGAGCAACUCCCAAACAACAGCCGCUAUGCGGUCAUGAGCACAAGGUUACUGCACACAAAUCUGGCAGUGGUGCACUACAGCGUGUACUUCCAGAUGUGCCGGGCUCAUGGUAUUGGAUAUGAUAUCAAGGACAAGACAGGCACAGCAUUCACACUUAUUGACAGCUUUAACCGUGAACGUUUGGGAAUGCUAACUGUUGGAGAUAACCUUCAAGGAGCCUUGGCCACCUUUGCCAGAAAUUUGUCUGUAAUUCAUCAAGAAAUUUCUGCCCCGAACAUGCAAGGAGUCACCAACUUCAAGGGUGCCAUUGCUGACAUUGAAGGAAUUCUUGGAACAACUGUGCAGAAUGCAGAGGAAAACAUUGAGAACCAAUAAGACUGAUAACCGUGGAUACUACAGUCGUGUGCUGUAUGAACAGCACCACCUGCAUUUGUAUAUUGUAUAAGACUAUUAUCAACACUGAAGACAGAAGUUUUGAUUUUAAAUACAUUUUUUACCUUUAAAAUAAUUCGUCUCUUUUGGGCGUUCUGUGUCUUGUGGCCAAAGAGCAACUAUUCAAAGAUACAACAACAAGAGCCAAAAUAGUUUUUUUUUCAAAGUCAGCGUUAUAACAAGAAAAUUCCAUUUUAACUGUUUAUAUGGUGUUAUGUGUUAUUGUCAUUUUCAAUACUAAAUACAUGUUUACCACUAUCAUCAUAUCACUUACAUGAGUAAUAUAACCCUGCGUCAUGACUAUUGGUGCUCAUGUUACCAUAAAUAUGAAGGAUCUAACUUCGUAUCUGGACACUCACACAGUCAUAAAUCCAAAUUCUUGCUCAUGUUCCACUUACACAAAUCUGUUUUGAACAAUGCAUCCUUUUUAAGGUUUCUACUGUUUUACUAAAUCUGUGAAUGUGAUAACAAGUGAAUGUCUUGUUCAUGUCUUUAAAGUCGAGAAAAUAUCUAUAUAUGCAAAUCAUACUUUCUUGGCUCUGGAUUUUGGAUCCAUUCAUGUUAAGUUUUCUUGUCAUAAGGGUUGUGUGCAUUAUGAAAUGUUAGAGUUAAGAGUACUUAAUGAAUGCAUAGAGGAAAUCCAGAACAGCCUAGGGCCUACAAAUUAUAUAUGAAAAGAAGGGACAUUUUCCUCAUGUUUUUUAUUUUCUAUGUGGAUUUUCCAUUGCAAUUUAGGGCUUCGGGAAUUUUACACAUAAUUUUUAAAAAACAACAAUUCCUCCUUGAUUUUAACAAGUACAUAUAUUGUUUCCACUGUGCAUCUUAGCCCAGCCUCUAAAAUUACAUGUUUAUGUUUGGAAAGGCUUGGAAAAGAAAGAACUAGCCUACCUAGAGGUGUAUGCCUGUGAAUAUUAUAUUAUCUUUCCAGCCAGUCUCCUAGAUUUCAUUCCUUUAUAUAGAAGUGGUAGGCUUAACUUAAUAAUGAUAAUGCAUGGUUUUCGUUGAACAUAAGUCCUCAAGAUCUUAUUUUAGUUCGUUUUGUUUUUUUGUGUGUUCUCUGAGUCCUGCUGUUUAUGUAAUUUUGUAAAUAAAUUCAUACAGAUCAAAGAUUUCACCUUAUUUAAAAACAUAUUUUUUUAGAUUUUUGGAAGGAGAGGUUGAGUACAGUAUACUCGGGUGAGAAAAGAAAUUCUAUUGAUUUGAAUUGUAACUGAAAUUGUAUCAGUCAGCAUUUUCAAAACAGUAUUCAAGAACUUUAAACUAUACUGUACAUCCUGCAUGUGUAGGCUGAUUCCAUGUUAUGUCAUUUUGGUCAGUAUUAAAUUUGUUUUUGAAAAGCAUGCAAUAUUACUAUCAUUUUCUUUGACUUUGUGGAAUGAAGUUCAAUGCAGUUUUUCAUUAAGCAUUUGGUCAAAAUUUGAUUCUUGAGUGAAUGUUGUAAACAUGUUUCCAUACAAUGUAAUUAUUAUUCCAUACAUGCUUGUCUUUAGAUAUAAAUUAUAUAUUGCUAUGCAUUUGAUAGAUGUGCUUCCACUUAAUUAUGUAUGAAUUUGAAUUAUACAUUAAUUCUUUGUACUGCAAGGCUCAACCAUCUGUUCUUUGCCCUGGAAAUUUUGUAGAUUUUAAACAAAAUAAAAUUUAAAUCUACAGCAUUAUUAUCAAGCUGCACAAUUGUGAUAUUCUGAUAUUAAUUACUAAUUCCUAUUAAUUUUUAAAAAAUUAAGUUUGACUCCAUAUAUAUAUAUAUAUACUGUUUGUAUAUCAUGUGAGUAUGACUUAACUUGAGUCUCACACAAAUUAUGCCUGUGGUUUUUCUUCCCUUGCAUUGUACAUUUUAUUCUUAUACCAAAUGCCGCCUUGAGUUUUUUAUCCUUAAUAUUUAAGAAAAGAAAGUGAUUUAGGGAGAGGGUGGGGGAAUAGGAGAGGAUGUUUAGUCCUCAAUAAGGAAGAGUGCUAACAUCUGUUAUAAAUCUCAACUUUGUGAUGUUGAAUUGAGAAAUUAAUAUAUUUUAAGAAUGUUAUUUUUCUUUAAAUAGAUCAUCCUAUACGUAGACCUACUUCACAUGAGAUCAUCAGCAGUGUGGUUAAACUUAAAAAGGAAAAGAGGAAAAGCACGGGGUGUAUUGGUGUAUUUGCAUCAAACAGUGGUAUGUCUAACGUUAAUUAGUACCCUUGUCCAGAGAGUUUUAGAUAUAUAUUGCAUAAAUGAUACACAUGUAAUCUGUAUCUUCUGUUCUAACUUGAGGCAAAUUAAAAGACUUAAAGUAUUUGUAUCAAAGUUUAGAAACAACAAUUGACUCGUCUUACUGCUGAUGUUAAUUAUAGGCCCAACAUGCAACAUUUCCAAAACAGGGAUUUGAAAUGGAAAGUGCUCCUUUUCGUUUGCAUUAUUGGCUACCAGUUUUGUGCCCCUUGCAAAGAAAAGUUAGUCAAAUAACCAGACCCACAUGAUUUUGAGUAAGAUCUAUCCGUUUUAUUCGUACAUUACCAAUGAGUUUAAUGUAAAGAUCUCUGGAGUUCUACGCAAAGCGAAACCUAUCAGAGUAAUAUAUAUUCAAAGGCAGUUCAGUGAAGAGGACCCACAUAACUUUGUCACAACUCUGUCUCAUGUGAUCGUGCCAUGACUGAUAGAGUAGCAAGUCAGGUCAUAGCAGCCAAGGAAUCGAAAAUAAAUCAGAAAAAAUAGAAUUUGUGUAUUUACUUUGGAAUAGAUAAAAUUAAGUUGAAUCAACAUUUAUGAUUGUGAGGGUACCGGUACUUCUGGGCUCAAAACUCAAAUCAGUACAAGUGAAUACAAAACCUUGAUCUUAUCGCCACAGCAAAGAAGAACAAACAUCCAUGCUCUUAAAAAGUUACAAAUAUUGACUUUUGGGGUCAUGUAAUAAAAAUUAUGAAAACUUCU